AUGAAAGUCCCACUCCUCCUUUCAAGUCUGGCCCUGACCGACUUUUAUUCCCUUGCGACAGCUUCUCGGAUUUCAUGUAACGAGCAGGCAUUUUCCAAAUACCUGUCUUCUUCAGGCCACAAAAACGCAGUCGUCGUUCAGACCUCUCGUGUUUCCAAGGGCGGAACGUUCACCGUUCCAGCGAGCGAUAUUGCGUACCCUCAGUCGCCGACAGACUUGCCGGAACUAUGUGUUGUGCAGAUAAACGUGACUUCUAGUCCUGAGUCGGCAUAUGCAUUUGGCCUUUUCUUGCCGGUGGAAUGGAACGAAAGGUUUUUGGCUGUUGGAAAUGGUGGUUUUGCAGGGGGGAUUAAUUGGGCUGACAUGGGCGUUGGAUCACGCUAUGGAUUUGCUUCAAUUUCUACCGAUACUGGCCACAACAGUAUUUCCACCGACGGCGAAUGGGCAUAUAAUGCUCCUGAGAAAGUGAUUGACUGGGGCUACCGGGCCAUGCAUGGCUCAAUUGUACUGGCAAAAGAACUCACAGAAGCAUACUACAGCAAGAACCUGGAAUACAGCUACUACAGUGGCUGCUCCACUGGCGGUCGCCAGGGCCUGAGAGAGGUAGAGCUGUACCCCGAAGAUUUUGACGGGGUGAUUGCAGGAGCGCCUGCUUGGUGGACUUCGCACUUGCAACCCUGGACAGUCAAAGCAGGAACGUAUAAUGUGCCGGGCAGCGGGCAGAUCCCAUCGAGUAUGUUCUCCGUCAUCGGCGCCGAAGUCAUCAGGCAAUGCGAUCCCCAAGACGGGCUUGUCGACAACGUCGUGAUGGAUCCGCAGCAUUGUGACCUCGAUACCGAGGAGCUGUUGUGUCGUGGCGGAAACAGCACUGACUGCCUGACUGCUGCACAGCUAGACACUCUACGUCUCAUUUACAGCGAUUAUGUCGACGCCAACCAGACGUUUGUGUUCCCGCAUCUUCUACCAGGCAGCGAGUCGCAGUGGGACACGUUGAUUAACAACGGUACUGCUAAUCCGCUUGGAACCGACUACGUGAAGUAUUUCCUUGGCCUUGGCCCUCAAUGGACUCAAGAGGAAUUCGACUAUAGCAUCAUCCAACUUUCCGACAAAAUCAACCCGGGAAGCGCCACAGCGAGUGACUACGACAUCUCACCUUUUCAGAAAAAGGGUGGGAAGUUGUUGAUGUAUCAUGGCAUGGCCGACGGUUUUAUUCCAACGGACAGCAGCUUAUACUAUCACAAUCACAUUAAUGAAGUAUUGGCCCCUAGUGGAGCUGAUUUGGACGACUUUUACAAGUUUUUUUAUAUCCCGGGAAUGCAGCACUGUUCCGGCACCCCAGACAACAUGCAUGCGCCAUGGUAUUUUGCAGGCCCCAACCAAGCCCCUACGCUUUCAUCCAGCAUAUACAGUGUUCCCGGGUUCAAAGACCCGAAACAUGAUAUUUUACUAGCUUUGAUGGAUUGGGUCGAAAGGGGUGUUUCUCCAGAAUACAUUAUUGGCACGACGUGGAACAAUGAUACCACGCAAGACGAGGUUUAUCGCCAGCGCCCAUUAUGCUUUUAUCCAGAACGCGCUGUGUAUAUUGGAAAGGGAGAUGUGAACAAGGCUCAGAACUGGAAAUUCGCAUACGGUCCACAUCGAGCCGGACAAUGGAAGCUACGAGACGUCGUCUCUCGCAGCCUCGAGGAGAAAGAAGUACUUGUUGAAAUUGUCGCUUCGGGUAUCUGUCAUUCAGAUCUGCAUUUUGCCGACUCAGAGAGUGGUCAUGGAGUUAAUUACCCGAGAGUUAUGGGCCAUGAAGGAGUGGGAUAUGUCAGCCAACUCGGCCCAAAUAGCUCAGUUGCCAAAAUAGGCGACCCAGUCAUUCUGACAUUUUCAGCCUGUCACAGCUGUGAGCCGUGUCGAAACGGCCAUCCUGCACACUGCAGCGAAUUUGAAACGCUAAACUUUGGCGUUUCGGAUGCAACCUAUGUCUUUAGCGAGCCCGGUGAGGAAAACCCCCAAAGUAAUAACAUUCACGGUAGCUUCUUCGGUCAGUCCAGCUUCAGCAAUUUGACUAUUGUUCGGGAAAGCUCAAUUGUCAAUGUAUCCGGAAUUUUGGGCAAAGAAGAUAAAAACGAGCUCGCGCUGAUGGCUCCCCUGGGCUGUGGAGUCCAGACUGGAACUGGCGCAAUUAUCAAUGCAGCCAAUGCAGGACCAAAGGAUAGAGUGGUCAUUCUUGGUCUAGGCGGAGUUGGACUGAGUGCAGUCAUGGGUGCCAAAAUCGCCGGAUGCGCUCAGAUUAUUGGAAUUGACCGAUACGAGUCACGAUUAGAGCUCGCAAAAGAACUUGGAGCAACCGAUGUCAUCAAUACUGCAUCAUUGUCCAUGUCGGAAGUAUCGGACAUGGUCUUGGCAAAGACCAACAAUCUCGGCGCCAAUAUAACUCUGGAUAGUACCGGUGUACCGGAAUUGAUUCAGGAAACACUGAGAAUGACGACUUUCAAGGGCAAGAUCUUGCAGGUUGGAGCUGCGCCCAUGGAUGCCAAGUUGUCGAUCCCCAUCUUCGAGUUCAUGUCGACUGGGAAGCAGUUUAUUGGGGUCGUCGAGGGUGAUGUCAAUCCUCAACAGUAUAUACCUCAGAUGGUUGGAUGGGCCAGAGAAGGUCGGUUGCCUUUGGAGAAGAUUGUGCAAUUCUACGACGCAGAGGAUUAUGACAAAGCGAUCACUGAUAUGAAGUCGGGCAAGACUAUCAAGCCUAUAAUUCGAUGUACUCCUACUAAUGCGGUACCACGUCCAGGAACGGCAAUUGGUGACUAUGCUAUCGACCUCUCCGAACUGGCCCGAGCAGGAUGCUUUACGAAUUGUCCUUCAAAUGUCUUUGAGAAGCAAAGCUUAAAUGCUUUCAGUGAUCUCGGGAGUGAAGUUCGCACUCAAGUCCGCAAAGAGAUCCAGCAAUUGAUCCAAGAUGAGAGCUCGGUUAUCUACAACAGUUCCCUUCAGUCGAGAUUUCUCACAAAAAUAUCAACUGUUCAAAUGCACCUUCCAUUUCGUGUCGGGGAUUUUACGGACUGCACAUGUUCCCUGGAGCACGUCACAAACAUGGGACGUUUAACCGGCAAAGGUGGCGCCUCGCCAAACUUUUUUAAUAUGCCUCACUGCUACAACGGUAGAGUUUCUUCAAUCGUCGUCAGCGGAACCCCGAUUCGCAGACCGUGGGGCUAUCUCCAGGGGCCCAAUGACUCUGUAACAUUCGGCAAGAGCCAGCGUUUUGACUACGAGACUGAAAUGGGAUUUUUUGUCUCUGGUGAUGUGCCAAUUGGUGAGGUUGUUUCUGCCAGAAAUGCGAGGAAGCAUAUUUUUGGCUUUGUUGUUUUGAACGAUUGGAGCGCAAGGGAUAUUCAAUUCUACGAAUUGAACCCGCUGGGCCCGUUUAAUGGGAAAAGCUCGGGGACGAGUAUCUCGCCGUGGGUGGUGACAUUGGAAGCUCUCGAGGAAGUUGGUGCCGUGGUGACAGUCGAUGAUGAAUCUCGGGCAUCGGCGCCUCUGGUGCGUUGUAAGGAUACUAUCAGUAUUCAAGUUUCGACUACUCUUUCUCGGGCUGGCAAACGAUAUCCGCUUGCGAAAAGUGAUUUGGAACAUAUGUACUGGUCUCCAUUCCAACUGCUAGCAAACCAAACAUCCUCCGGCUGUGGACUUUCUGCCGGUGACUUGAUCGGCACUGGCACAUUAUCGUCUUCUCUCGAACAGGCCCAGAAAAUGUCCGGGUUUGAUGGGUCAAGUGUUGGACGUUUGGGAUGCCUCAUCGAAGCAACUCAAGGAUGGAAAGUUCCAUUGCAGCUGGGCUGGGAAGGAGAGGAAUUGAGCGUAUUGAAAGAUGAAGACGAGGUUUCCAUGGAGGCAUGGGCGGGGAAAGACUCGAAACGAAUUGGAUUUGGACUCGUGACUGGUUCUAUACUUCCGGCGCAUGAGAUGCUUGGUUUUGACGUAUAG